AUGAGAAAAGUUGCUAUCUACGAUCAAACUGUAUGUACGGUAUUGAAUUGUACAAUUCAAACAGACACAUGUUUUAAAACUACUUCGGGUGGUGGUAGACUGGCAUAUACGUGUUAUUAUGCUCAAUUUAAAGUUGAAUAUCCACCUUUAUUAAACUCUACUCAAAACGUAUCAUCCAUUAAGGAGAAACGAGUUGCAAAGCAGAAAGUGGCUGAAGGAGAUUGUCUGAAAUUGAAUAUAUCGUCAAAUUAUACAUGUUAUUACAAUCGACACCAAAUAGCAGAAGUACAAUGGGAUGCUCCAGAUGCAAAAGAUUCUAAAAUUUGGAUGAUUGUUGGUUGGACUAUAUUCAUUAUUGAAUUGUUUUUAUGUAUUGGUAUAUGCAUUAUUCUUCCAAUAGGUGCUGCGUGCAAAAUAAAAAUUCGUACCGUGAAACGUCCAGAACUAGAUCUGUGCGCCGCGUCGCCGCCGCCCGUGAUGCAUAAUCUAGAUUUUCGGCGCCGCCACAGAAACAGUGCAGCUUUUGUUUCUCUUAUUAUUUUGAUUGAAAAUAAAACAAAAAAUUUGGCAAAAUUGACAAUGGAUCUUGGCUUAAAGUAAGUUUCGUAUU